AUGUCCCCGCGACCAGAAGAUGAACCUCGCGCUCCAGAUUCUAGCCGCCCCAGCGGCCUGGGUACGGUUUUCCGCAGCUUGACGAACAAGUCAAUGAAGCAUCCGCCGCCCCUGUCAGCUCCUUCGACCGCCUUGCCUCGAGCCGAGUUUAUCAAUGCGACUCCUACCAGCUCCCGAGAGCUUUCGAGCAACCACGUGGACGCGCUCGAACUCUUGAGGAAUGGUAGUCCGAACGAACGAAUCUCUGCCGCCAAUAGCUUAAAACUCGCCAUCACCGAGUAUCCCUUGAAUCCAAUCCUCGACAUCUGGUAUGCUGGAAAGGACCUUAUAAACCCAUCAAAUUCGCCACCGACGAGAGCAGCUGGUUGGGAGCUUUUGUCAGAACUUGCUAAACACUCAUCAUCGACCGAUCUGGAACGGAGAGGCUAUUUUCAAACUCUUUCCGCACCGUCCAACCCCGAAGAUUUUCAUCUCCAGCUGGCAGCUCUCGUGGAUUUGACGAAUCAUGGUCGCGUGCUCGCCGGCUUUGACUACGAACUACUGCCUCUACUCACAGUUUGGCUUCAACAAGCAUUCAAUGCUGCCCGUACCGCGAGAAAGAAUUCGCACUCCGGGCGUGUUGCAGGUAAUUCUUCGCGAGGCAAGGCGACGGUUUUGGGAGAAGAUGAGAACUCUGCUCAGCUAUUCAUCUUUCUCUUGGAUGUUAUCAAGUUCAGCUUCAACACUGCCGAUGAAGCUGCCGUGACCGAUCUCAUCAAUACUAUACUAACCAUUUGCGAGACUACAAGCCAAGAAGAUGAUUUGCGAUCCGGCAUCAAUGUGCUAGAUGCAAUUGUCACAUUUGGAUCGAUACCCCAGAGCAAGCUGAAGGACUGUGUUCAGGUGCUCAGUUCGAUUUAUUGCCUGGUGCCGAAUCUACAGAAGAAUUCGUGGCACACAAUAGCCAAUCUCUGCAAGUCUCACAAUGGGCAGGCCACAGUUCGCAUCCUGCUUGAUACCCUCCGCAACCUUCAGCCAGGCGUCAAUGAAAAAGUUACAAGAAAAAUUCGCAGCAGCUUGGCUGUGCUACAGAAGUUGUUGACCAAAACAGCCGAAAAAGGAUAUCCUACCGUUCCCUAUGCUUUACUAGUUGAUGGUCUAUCCAGCACGUUGAAGGCCACGAAAUCAUUGCUAGUAUACGUAUCCGUCUUGCAACUCAUCAACUCACUCUUCGAUGACGGAGAUGGACGUGUUCACCGCUUGAUCAUUGAUGAGGACUGGUCAACGUCUCUCGAUAGCGCCGUCGAGUGUUAUCGACGUGUCAGGGAAGCUGGCGACAAGCAACGAGGUUAUCAUGAACAGUUACAAGUCGCCAACGUCGACCGAGAGCUCUCGACCCUCAUUCUGCGCUUAGACACUGUUGUGAAAGGACAGUCGGGCGAAUUCAUACCGCGGCAGACCGUCGUCAAGUUUUUCGCGGAUGUACAUAGGCUGCUGCCAGAUGAGACUGCCAAGACGGUCCUUGAUUACUUCCAAGAGUUUCGUUGCUGCUCUCCAUCAGAUUUGAGAUGGGAGGAAAACUUGGACCUGGUGCUGGAAGCAUUCUUUGGCAACAGAAGCCGCAGUUCCGAUACCCGGCUCAGAGCCCUACAGGCUAUGAUGGAUGCUUAUGACAUUGUCGACCUCGUAGGUGACGGAGCGGAGCAAAACUUCAUCCCCAAACUGGCCAAGAGCAUAUUGCAAAAUGUUGCCGAAGAAAGCGAUGUUUUCGUCCUUGAUGCGAUUGUGUCAUUGAUGGUUUCCGUCAUCAUAUCAUGUGAUAUGGAACUAUUUGACUUUAUCAUCGAGGCCCUACGAACCAUCAUCAUGAGUGACAGAACCAGGUCGCCUAUAUCGUCACCAACCACGUCGACCAUAACUUCUCCAACCGAUGGUGACUCACCGGCGCCGGGACUCGCAUCGCCGCAGUCGCCUUCCAGCGUCGCAACUGCAGGUUACGUGAGGAUGUUUCUUCGCACUAUGAACCUUAAUAGCGAGAAGAGUGUCAAAUUGUUCAGUGUUCUCGUUGGCAUUGCUAGGCCGAGCCAGAAUGAAGUGGAUGCCAGGCUGACUGCGAUGAAACUUCUCUUUCGUUUGCGCGCCGACUGGGCCAACAGGGUUUUUGUGACGGAUGACCUUGACAACACUUCUUUGGCAACUGCUAUGUGCCGCACUGACGCUUCUUUUGCCAAGAAGCAAGCUGAAGAAGCAAUGCAGUCCUUCCGUCUGUGUCGGAGUGAUCAUGGCAAUCAGUCUCGGACAUCCCGUGGGGUAUCCUUUGGACAAUCUCCAAUUCAAGAGCGAGGAGUUCCUGUGCGAACCUUGAGCGGCGGAAAAAGCUUGUCUGUGAGGUAUCAUCAGCAGUGGAAGUGCCCCGACGCCGGCGCAUUGCCCGACGCGAUUCCCAGUCUCAUUAGCCCUGUCCUCGCUUCUCAUGACUGGACAGCUAAUGCUGGAGAUGACGAUGCAACAAACACGAGUCACACAAACCCCAGCGACAGGCUACCUAAAUCCUCCGUUCUAAGCAUGACCGUUUGGCUGGAUGCUGUACUUGAUAUGCUUCAAGGCAGUGAUUGGGAAGUCUACAGCUUCGCGCUAGUCCAUCUGCCAUCGCAAUUGAGCAACCACGCCAUCUUUGUGGAUGCCAUCCCACAAAUACAGGCAUUGCGGCGGAUAAUAUGCGAUCAGAUUCGAACAAAUUCCUUCCAGGAGCCUCCGUUUGUGUCUGGUCUUAGGCGAGCGGAUGUGGCCAUCUGCCUAUUUCACAGCCUGACAAUGAUCCUAAGCUACCAUGAGCAUUUCGGCAAAGGAGACGAGGACGAAAUUGUCAAAACAUUUAUUCUAGGAAUUGGUACAUGGGAAAGGACUGCCAAAUACUGCAUCCAUGCUUUGUCGAUUUGCUGCCACGAGCUCCCGCUGUCGACCAGCAAGUCCUUGGUUCAGAUGCUUAAUCAGAUGGCUGCGAGUAUCACGCAGCCUCAUGUAUCUGUACACAUCCUGGAGUUCCUGGCGUGCCUGAGUCAUUUGCACAAUGUCUACGUCAACUUUAGAGAAGACGAGUAUCGGAUUGUGUUCGGGAUUUGCUUUCGUUAUCUGGAAUAUGCCAGGGAUAAAAGACAGGCGAAUCGAAACAGCCAUAGCAGCGAACCAUCGACUCCAGGAACACCGGGCACGGGCGUGGUUGCGGAUGCUGCAUUUACAGCUGCGCCCCCGGAAGAGCUCCCUCAAUAUGUUCACGCCCUGGCAUAUCACGUCAUCCUGUUCUGGUUCUUGGCACUGAAGCUUCCCGAUCGAGCCACGCAUGUCGGGUGGAUUGUGAAGAAGCUCUUUGCUGAUUCCGACCAGAACGGACAGACGGCUGAUGAACACGCCUUGACUUCUAUCGACUUUAUGCAGAGGGUUACGUACGCUGACGUGGACGAGUCCCGCGAAGACCCAUACUUUACUGAGGAUCGCUUCGGACGGAUUGUGAAGAAGCAGUGGCUGGUCGGCAACAGCAUAGUGACCAUCAAACAAGCUUCCGCUUCGGGUUGGGCCCAGAUUGUUAAGAGACAACCCUCAGGGACUUCAGCGUACACGAUCCGCGAGUCCUACGCGUGUCCCCCACCUCAUCAGGUAGAAAAUCACGUCGACGUGAGCAGAGAAGGCCAAGCUAGCUCCAACGCGAUCCUUCCGAGUCAUAUCCUCCUCCAGCUCAUGUCGCCAGUACCUCAAAGCUUUGAGUCUGCGCGUCCUAUCCCUCUACCAGACGAUGACGCCGUGGAUCGUGCCAUUCGAGUGUUUGACCGGAGUUCUACAGUGGACAGCCACAAGAUCGGCGUCAUCUACAUUGGAGAGGAGCAAACGAGUGAGGCGGAAAUACUUGCCAACGUCUCUGGCAGCAGUGACUACACGGAGUUUCUGAACAACCUGGGAACCCUAACCAGAUUGAAAGGUGCCACGUUCAAUACCCAAGGGUUGGACCGCGAGUACGACACGGAUGGCCGAUACACCUUUUGCUGGCGAGAUAGAGUGACCGAGAUUGUUUUUCACGUCACCACGCAAAUGCCGACAGACCUGGAACGAGAUGCACAGUGCACACUCAAGAAACGGCACAUCGGCAAUGACUUUGUCAACAUAAUUUUCAAUGACUCGGGCAAACCGUUCAGAUUUGACACGUUCCCAAGCCAGUUCAACUAUGUGAACAUUGUUAUAACGCCAGCAUCCCGGGCGUCCUUUAUCGCCACACGCACGGCCACAACAUCUAGCGGAUUACGUGGGCAGCCCUUUUAUCGAGUUCAGGUCUUGAGCUUUAUCCGUCUUCUGGGCCUUAACGCGUCCGUGUUUUGCCAUGUCUGGACCGCUAGAGAAGGCGGCGAACACAUAAGCUCAUGGAGUAGCCGGCUACGGGAGAUUAAGCGUCUCCGGGAAAGGUAUGGGCCGAAGACAGUGGUGCCAGUGGUGCCGUCGCCGCCACCUCCCUCUGCCUCGCAUACGCAGCCCUCGGAGCUGUCCCGCCCAAGCAGCAGCGUCAGGGACAGCUUCAGUAGCUUGCGACGCACGAGCGUAGCCACUUUCUUCAGCAGCACGAGCGAACAGGCGUCCCACCGAUCGUCUAUGCUGUCAACGUCGACUUCGGCGAAUGACACUGAAGUCGGGAACCCCAGCGGCACCAACCCGUUGAUCGAGUCGGUCGACUUUUCCAAAUGGGCUUAA